UUCGAAAGAAUCCGCAAACCGCGUCGCAAGACGUUGUUUCUAAUCGUUUCUGCGACCUGAAAUCGGUAUCAAAUUCUGAAAGGUUGAAUCUUGCAUAGGUAUCGUUAGUUAUAACCAAAUAUGAAAAAUUUGAUAAGAAAAACUGCGGAAAAAAGCGACGGACGUGGAUCUCAUGGACAGGCCUAUAAGGACAAAAGCAAACCUACAGACAUUCGCAGCAGCAAUAUCUGUGCUGCGAAGGCUGUUAGUGAUGCCAUUCGUACAAGUUUAGGUCCCAGAGGAAUGGACAAAAUGAUUCAAGCUAGUAAUGGAGAAGUUACUAUCACAAAUGAUGGAGCUACGAUUCUAAAAGAGAUGAAUGUAGUGCAUCCUGCCGCAAAAAUGCUAGUUGAAUUAUCUAAAGCUCAGGAUAUAGAAGCUGGUGAUGGUACUACAAGUGUUGUUGUAAUAUGUGGUUCGCUCUUGGAGGCAGCAGAUCGUUUAUUACAGAAGGGUAUUCAUCCCACUUCUAUUAGUGAUGCUUUUCAGAAAGUAGCAUCCAAAGCAGUGUCAAUCCUGACAGAUAUGUCCAUACCUGUUGAUUUAUCAGACAAAGAAUCUUUGAUGAAAGUUGCAGCAACAUCUCUGAAUUCUAAGGUGGUACAUCAACAAUCUAGUCUUCUUGCACCAAUUGCGGUGGAUGCUGUAUUAAAAGUUGCAGAAGAAGGAAAAGAAGCAUCGGUUGACUUAAAAGACAUCAAAGUGAUAAAGAAGUUGGGAGGUACUGUUGAAGAUACUGAGUUAGUGGAUGGAUUAAUAUUUACAGAAAAAUCUUGCAAUGUCAAUGGUCCNAAACGCAUUGAAAAGGCCAAAAUUGGAUUGAUUCAAUUCUGUAUUUCGCCACCAAAAACUGACAUGGACAUGAAUGUUAUUGUGUCCGACUACGCGGCAAUGGAUCGUGUUUUGAAAGAGGAACGCUCUUAUAUAUUAAACAUUGUAAAACAAAUNAAAAAAACCGGUUGUAAUGUACUUCUCGUGCAAAAAUCGAUCUUGCGCGAUGCUGUCACCGAUCUCGCGAUACACUUUCUUGAUAAAAUCAAGGUUAUGGUGAUAAAAGAUAUAGAACGCGAAGACGUUCCGUUUGUCUGUAAAACGCUGGGUUGCAGACCAAUUGCAUCGCUGGACCACUUUGUAGCUGAGAAUCUUGCCAGCGCGGAACUUUGCGAAGAAGUCCAAACUGGAAAUUCAAAAUUCGUCAAGAUAACAGGAAUUCAAAAUCGCGGGAAAACUGUUACAGUUCUUGUACGCGGAAGUAACAAAUUAGUUUUAGAAGAAGCUGAAAGAUCGUUGCACGAUGCUUUGUGCGUAAUUCGAUGCUUGGUAAAGAAAAGAGCGUUGAUCGCUGGCGGUGGUGCACCCGAAAUUGAAUUAGCGAUCAAGUUAGGAGAGUAUGGAUUGACUUUAGGCGGAGUUGACGCCUAUUGUGUUAAAGCUUUCGCAAGUGCGCUUGAGGUAAUUCCGUCGACGUUAGCUGAAAAUGCAGGAUUGAAUCCGAUAACUACGGUAACCGAACUUCGCAAUCGACACGCAAAAGGCGAGGUAACUGCAGGAAUUAACGUAAGAAAAGGUGCAAUCACUAAUAUACUGGAAGAAAAUGUGAUUCAACCUUUGCUGGUUUCUAUCAGUUCGAUAACUCUCGCUUCCGAAACCGUGCGCAGUAUACUAAAAAUUGACGACAUCGUUAAUACGAAUCAAUAAAUCACGACUGGUUCGAUUUUUUUUUAAAUCUUAAAAAAGCUUUUUUCACACGUUAAAUCUAACAUCUUUUAAACACGUCAGUAUCGAGAAUAAAAUAAAAAUGUAAAAUUUUCAAUUUAAACUUAUAUUUAAACAUGUGUAUAAAAUGCUCUUAUACAAGUGAAGUUUAUUAAAUUGUGUUGUACCCAUAAAAAAAGUCAUUUAUCUUGUGUAAACAUCCGCUCCAUUAUUAGGUUUUACUUCCUAACGUUUUAUGUUAAAAAGGAAAAGAAAGGUGAUAUAAAAUAUAUCGGAAAAAUCGUAUAAAUCUUAAUAUUUGUCUGCUUAAGAUAUAUACAUAACAACUAUAUAUAUGAUCGUCUUAACAAUUUACUUAAUUGAAAUAUAUAUAAUCUCAUAUACAUCUCAGUUCUUUUCUUCAAGCAAGUGUAUAACUAAGUACAUAAAUUUCUUUUAUAUACGAUCAAAUAUAUGAUCGAAGUAUAUUUUGCAUUUUUUUUUUUGUUUUGUUUUGUUUUGCUUUGCAAUUUAGCUGCACAGUCAAAUAUAUUGCUUAUAUUGUAUGAUAUUUAGACUUGAUUCUAAUAAUAAUAGCGUUGUGAUUAAGUACGUUUGUAGAGUCAUAUAGCUACAUUAGGAGACCUCUUCAAGAAAUUCAGUAUUAAAACCUUGAGUUUAUAAAUGCCUUUGUUUUUUUAGAAUGUGCGUAUAAGAGUUCGAAGAGUUCUUAGAUAAACGGAGAAGAGGCUCUAGUAAUGUAAUUAUAAAAGUCUAAAAGGAUUACUUAUGAUUAUUUGUUUGAAAAACAAACGGUAAAAAUUGUAUACUUAUAUACAAAAUUUGACGUAAGGCAAGUUUCUGUAACAAUAGAAACGGUAAAAAUGUUUCUCUCUAUAGAGUUUUACAGAAAGCUUACGGUAAACAAAAGUUUGUAAGUUUUUGAAAUUUAAGCAUACACUUAUGUUUAAUAAUUUCAUUUUUUUCACUAAUAUGUAGAGUUAGGCUUGUGUUCCAUUAAUUAUUAAAAUAAUUAUUAAAAUGUACACAAUUUCCACUUAUUUAGAUUAAUAUAUAAUGGAAAUAUAUAAAUGGAACAUUUGCAAGUUCAUUAAUAUAAAAAUAAAAUGUCAGAUACCUCGUGUAAUUAAGUACUUCACUCUUUCUGGAAUGUAUGUCUUAUAUAUAUAUAAAAUGUUUUUUUUUUUGCACACAUUUCACUCUCGCAUAAAACAGAUGCGAUAGAUUCGAAUUCGCUUCCUAGAAUUAAGCAUGGACGUUUUCAAUAUUACGUAUGUCCAAUUUUUUUUUAAUUUUUUUGAAUCAUAAUAUCGUCUAUUAAAUCGUCACUAUUAUCAACAGCACUUGAAAAGUUUUUAAAACUAUCUAUUAUGUAUGUUAUUAUUGAAUAAUUUCAGAUAAUGAAAAAUCUUGGCAGUAGCAAUGGAUAAACUUAUUGUGUUUAUAAAUUACUUUUAGAUAUUUAUAAAUUUCUUAAAUAUAAGAUAUAAAUUUGAUCACCUGCUGAUCAGUUACUCAUAGUAAGGAAGAAUGUUUAAAUGAGAUAUGAGUAAAUUUCUCUGUUUAAGAGAAGGAUCACAUAUUAUAGACGUAGUGUGUCGUCUUCAUCGCGAUUAAAACCAAUGCCUAAUAAAUACUUUCAAGCUUUUUAUAUAUAUUGUAAUGCUUAUAAAUGGCUUUUUAAUUGUCAGGAUAGCCAAGCGGUCUAAUAUAAAUAAUUUGCUUGAUUAAUAAAUUAUAUAUAAUUAU